GAAUAGUUCUGCUUUUACUGUCCUCAUGUUGCAGCUUGUUUUCUCUGUCUGAAGGUGUUUCAGAGUGACAGCAGCCUGCAGACUCAGAGGACCGGAGACAGAAGCAGCCGAGGAUUUUCUAUGUUUCUGCACAAACGCAGACAGCAGAGAUCUGUACUGGUGGGAAGAAGCAGAGUAAGUAGAACUUUGAUCGAUUGCAGUCUCUAAGGUCCCUCCUUCAUCACCAACAAGCACAAACAUGAGGCUCAGUGUCUUUAAAACCAAGUCUGCAAACAGAGAGAAGUUUUUUUUUUUUUUUUCAAAGGACACAGACAUCACAUCAGACCGAGGACUGGAAAUUUCAUCUAGAUAGAUAGCAGCAAGAAGGUCCCGGUUCGAAUCCCGGGGUGGGCCUGUGAUCUUUCUGCAUGGAGUUUGCAUGUUCUCCCUGUGCAUGCGUGGGUUUUCUCCGGGUACACUGCUGUUAAAACUGCUGUUUUAACAGCAGUGAUUUAUUUUCUGUCAUAUCUGUUGGAUGGUGAAAGACAAGGUGAAAGAUGACGACACCUCAAGAAGUCCUUCUGAGGACUUUGGAAGAUUUAGGAGAAGAGGAGUUUGAAAAAUUCAAAUGGUUCUUGAACCAGGAAGAAGUCCUAGAAGACUUCAAAUCAAUCCCAAAGUCUCGAUUGGAGAAGUCAAACAGAGUCAACAUUGUGGAUGAAAUGAUCAACGUCUACUGUAGAAACACCCUGAAAGUCACUGAGAAGGUUUUAAUGAAAAUGAAUAAAGUUGAUCUGUUGAGGAAAAUCUCAGGAAGCAUCAAAGACCCUACAGAAAUUCUGUUGGGGUGUCAAGACAAACUCAAGUCUAACCUAAAGAAGAGGUUCCAGUGUCUGUUUGAGGGCAUCGCUAAAGCAGGACAAAAAACCUUUCUGCAUGAGAUCUACACAGAGCUGUACAUCACAGAGGGAGGGGCUGCAGAUGUCAAUGAUGAACAUGAGAUCAGACAGAUUGAAGCAGCAUCCAGGAAAGCAGAUGGAGCAGAAACAAGCAUCAGACCAGAAGACAUCUUUAAAGACUCAUCUGGAAAAGACAGACCAAUCAGAACAGUGAUGACAAUGGGAGUGGCUGGCAUCGGGAAAACAGUGUUAACACAGAAGUUCACUCUGGACUGGGCUGAAGACAAAAGCAACCAGGACAUCCAGCUCAUGUUUCCAUUUACAUUCAGAGAGCUGAAUGUGCUGAAAGAGAGAAAGUUCAGCUUGGUGGAACUUGUUCAUCACUGUUUCAUUGAAAUCAAAGCAGCAGGAAUCUGCAGCUUUGAAGACUUCCAGGUUGUGUUGAUCUUUGACGGUCUGGAUGAGUGUCGCCUUCCUCUGGACUUCGACAACAAUGAGAUCCUGACUGAUGUUACAGAGUCCACCUCAGUGGAUGUGCUGCUGACAAACCUGAUCAGGGGGAAGCUGCUUCCUUCUGCUCUCCUCUGGAUAACCACACGACCUGCAGCUGCCAAUCAGAUCCCUCCUGACUGUGUGGACAUGGUGACGGAGGUCAGAGGGUUCACCGACCCACAGAAGGAGGAGUACUUCAGGAAGAGAUCCAGAGAUGAGGAGCAGGCCAACAGCAUCAUCUCCCACAUGAAGACAUCACGAAUCCUCCACAUCAUGUGCCACAUCCCAGUGUUCUGCUGGAUCAUUGCUACAGUUCUGGAGAAGAUGCUGAGAUCCAGAGAGGGAGGAGAGCUGCCCAGAACCCUUACUGAGAUGUACAUCCACUACCUGGUUGUUCAGACCAAAGUCAAGAAGGUCAAGUAUGACAGAGGAAUUGAGUCAGAUCUAGACAGCAGGAGGAUGAUUGAGUCUCUGGGAAAACUGGCUUUUGAGCAGCUGCAGAAAGGAAAGCUGAUCUUCUAUGAGUCCGACCUGACAGAGUGUGGCAUCGAUAUGGAAGCAGCCUCAGUGUACUCAGGAGUGUUCACACAGAUCUUUAAAGAGGAGAGUGGACUGUACCAGGACAAGGUGUUCUCCUUCGUCCAUCUGAGUGUUCAGGAGUUUCUGGCUGCAGUCUACAUGUUCCACUGUUACACCAACAAGAACGAGAAGGUUCUGGAGGAUUUCCUGGGAAAACAUUGGAAAGAUGAGAACAGAGAUACUCUGGAUGUGUUCCUGAUCAGAGUCAUGCAGAAAUCCCUCAGAAGUAAAAAUGGUCACCUGGACCUGUUUGUUCGCUUCCUUCAUGGCCUCUGUCUGGAGUCCAACCAGAGACUGUUAGGAGGCCUGCUGGGUCCAACAGACAACAGUUCUGAAAUUAUCCAGAGAGUCAUCAACAAAUUGAAGAAGAUGACCAGUUAUUUUAUGUCUCCAGACAGAAGCAUCAACAUCUUCCACUGUCUGAUGGAGAUGAAGGAUCUCUCAGUCCAUCAGGAGAUCCAAGAGUUCCUGCAGUCAGAGAACAGAUCAGAGAAGGAACUCUCUGAGAUCCACUGCUCAGCUCUGGCCUACAUGCUGCAGAUGUCAGAGGAGGUUCUGGAUGAGUUUGACCUGGACAAAUACAGAACAUCAGAGGAGGGAAAACUGAGACUGAUUCCAGCUGUGAGGAACUGCAGAAAGUUUCGACUUUGUGGCUGUGGACUCUCAGAGAGUCACUAUGAAGUUGUGGCCUCAGCUCUGAAGUCCAACCCCUCCCAUCUGAUAGAACUGGACCUGAGUAGAAACAAGAACAUGCAGGAUUCAGGACUGAAGCAUCUUUCUGCUGGACUGCAGAGUCCAAAGUGUAAACUGGAGACUCUCAGAUUGAGAGGCUGCAGGUUGUCAGAGAUCGGCUGUGAUUCUCUGGUCUCAGCUCUGAAGUCCAAUCCCUCCUAUCUGAAACAUCUGGACCUGAGCUUGAACAACCUGCAGGAUUCAGGAAUGAAACAUCUGAGUGGUUUUCUGGAGAGUCCAGACUGCAUCCUGAAGACUGUCAGAUUGGAUUGCUGCAGUUUGUCAGAGAUCGGCUGUGAUUCUCUGGUCUCAGCUCUGAAGUCCAACCCCUCCCAUCUGGAACAUCUGGACCUGAGCUGGAACAAAGACCUGCAGGAUUCAGGAGUGAAACAUCUGAGUGGUUUUCUGGAGAGUCCAGACUGCAUCCUGAAGACUCUGAGAUUGGAGGGAUGCAGGUUGUCAAAGAUCAGCUGUGAUUCUCUGGGCUCAGCUCUGAAGUCCAACCCCUCCCAUCUGGAACAUCUGGUCCUGAGCUCCAACAAGCUGCAGGAUUCAGGAGUGAAACAUCUGAGUGGUUUUCUGGAGAGUCCAGACUGCAUCCUGAAGACUCUGGAAUUGAGGAACUGCAGGUUGUCAGAGAUCAGCUGUGAUUCUCUGGUCUCAGCUCUGAAGUCCAACCCCUCCCAUCUGGAACAUCUGGACCUGAGCCGGAACAACCUGAAGGAUUCAGGAGUGAAACAUCUGAGUGGUUUUCUGGAGAGUCCAGACUGCAUCCUGAAGGAUCUGAGAUUGAUGAGCUGCAGGUUGUCAGAGAUCAGCUGUGAUUCUCUGGUCUCAGCUCUGGAGUCCAACCCCUCCCAUCUGGAACAUCUGAACCUGAGUGACAACAACCUGCAGGAUUCAGGAGUGAAACAUCUGAGUGGUUUUCUGGAGAAUCCAGACUGCAUCCUGAAGACUCUGGAAUUGAAGCUCUGCAGUUUGUCAAACAUCAGCUGUGAUUCUCUGGUCUCAGCUCUGAAGUCCAACCCCUCCCAUCUGGAACAUCUGAACCUGAGAGGAAACUACCUGCAGGAUUCAUCAAUGAAACAUCUGUUAGAUCUUAAGGAGAGUCCAGACUGCAUCCUGAAGACUCUGAGAUUGGAGUUCUGCAAGUUGUCAGAGAUCAGCUGUGAUUCUCUGGUCUCAGCUCUGAAGUCCAACCCCUCCCAUCUGGAACAUCUGGACCUGAGCUACAACAAGCUGCAGGAUUCAGGAGUGAAACAUCUGAGUGGUUUUCUGAAGAGUUCAGACUGCAUCCUGAAGACUCUGGAAUUGUGGAACUGCAAGUUGUCAGAGAUCAGCUGUGAUUCUCUGGUCUCAGCUCUGAAGUCCAACCCCUCCCAUCUGGAACAUCUGGACCUGAGUGACAACUACCUGCAGGAUUCAGGAGUGAAACAUCUGUGUGGUUUUCUGGAGAGUCCAGACUGCAUCCUGAAGUAUCUGGGAUUGAGGAGCUGCAGUUUGUCAGAGAUCAGCUGUGAUUCUCUGGUCUCAGCUCUGAAAUCCAACCCCUCCCAUCUGGAACAUCUGGACCUGAGCAGGAACAACCUGCAGGAUUCAGGAGUGAAACAUCUGAGUGGUUUUCUGGAGAGUCCAGACUGCAUCCUGAAGACUCUGGGAUUGUGGAGAUGCAGGUUGUCAGAGAUCAGCUGUGAUUCUCUGGUCUCAGCUCUGAAGUCCAACCCCUCCCAUCUGGAAGAUCUGGACCUGAGCGAGAACAACCUGCAGGAUUCAGGAGUGAAACAUCUGAGUGGUUUUCUGGAGAGUCCAGACUGCAUCCUGAAGGAUCUGGGAUUGGAGCUCUGCAGUUUGUCAGAGAUCAGCUGUGAUUCUCUGGUCUCAGCUCUGAAGUCCAACCCCUCCCAUCUGGAACAUCUGGACCUGAGUGGAAACGACCUGCAGCGUUCAUCAGUGAAACAUCUGUUAGAUCUUGUGAAGAGUCCAGACUGCAUCCUGAAGACUCUGAGCUGGAAGUGAUGCUGAUCAGGACGGUGUUUGUGGUGAGAGGAUGAAGUGUGUCCUGAUGAUCCAGAGGUUGAAGCCGCAGCAGCUGGUGUGUAGAGACUCUGACUGGACCAUGUUACUGGGAGGUGGACUGGGAACCAGUGUAAAGUGUGUUGUUAUCACUGUGUAGUUUAGUGUUGCAGCUCCACACUGAAUGAUGGAGAACUGCAGUUAAUGUUGACAUGAAACGUUGGAGGUUGAUGUCAGGUUGCAGAGUGUGCAGUAAGUUUCAGGAUGUUUGUGUCAGUGCAGGAUUAUAUUUCAGUUGACUUUCUAUUUCCAGCUGCAGUCAAAGUUGUUGAGCUUCUCUACCUGCAACACAUUGAGCUGAUGAGAACAAAGUGUCCUGGAAACAUGUCAGCUGAAGCCUUGGAGCCCAGAGAGAGUUUACUGAAGCACAUUUUAGUGGGUUUUGAUCACAUCAUGAGGAGACAAACAGCUCUGAAGAUGAAUCCAGUUUAGUCCUCAAAGGUCCAGAAGCAGCUUGUUGAGCUCAGAGUUCAUAUUUAAUGUCAACAUCCUUUGACCUUUCUGAGCUCCAGUAAAUGUUUCUUCUCGUUUCUCUCUUCUUCACCUUCACUCGGUUCCUCAUGUUCAGAAGCUUCCAGAUCACUGAUAUUCUUUGUUUUCUGAGCUGCUGCUUUCUUUAAAUCCCUCCAAAGAUUUUAACUGGGAUUAAAUCCAGGACUGAGACGCUUCUCCAGGACUUUCCAGGAAGGAUUUCUGAAGCAGGCUUUGGUGGACGUUUGCUUUGGAUGCUGGUCCUGCUGAAAGUCCAGUGAGCUUCAGUUUCCUCACAUUGUUCUUAUAACUGUCCUGGUGUUUGAGAGAAUCCAUGCUGCUGCUCACACGCUCCAGUUUAGCAGCUUCAGAGCCACCAACAGGACUGUUGAUGCUGUUCUUCUGGUCCUUCUGCCUCCAGACGUUCUGCCCAAACAGUCCACUUCAGUCUCAUCAGUCCAUCAGACUGCCAGAACUCUGCUUUGUUCCACACAUGAAGAUCUUGUUGUUCAGUGUUGUCAGACUUUAGUUGUUGCCUUCAUCAGGUCCUGCAGCUCUUUACCAAUAAAACAGGUUUUCUACCAGCUGCUGCUGUCAAACAUCUGCUUCCUCUUAGAGAGAUUUUGUCCAGUUUGAUUUAUUGACUCAGUUCAUCCACGUGAGAUUUCUCCUGGUCCAUUCUUCAAAUGAGCCAGAAAAUCUUCAAGUCUUCAUCAACACUCAGUCUCCUGGUGAACUCCAAGUAUUUUCUAUCCUCAGACUUAAUAAAGAACAAAACACCAAAGUCACACUCCAAGUCAGUCAGAGUCAGAUGAAGUCUGAGAUUUACUGUCAUUUCAGCUCCAUGCAGCAAACAGAGGCUGGUUCAUGAACACUGUCAAUAGUCAUGGAUAUGGGAUCCCCUGGUCAGCAAUAAGGAUGGGGUUAUGAAGGAAUGGUAGCAAAAUGAGGGAGCAUUGUAUGAUAUUAUAACCUGUGAUUUACAAUGCUAUAUGCUAUAAGCUAAUGAAUGUGUGAACUAACCAAAUGCUUACUUUUUAUAUUCUUUAAUUUUGAAACAGUGUAAAAAUCAGAAGAGUGCCUGAUUCAGAAGAAUGAUGGGUUGAUUAUUUUUUGGGAAAAUGUCUUUUUUAUACAUUUUUAAUAAGUUGGUUGUUUCUUUAAAUAAGUCCUUUUUAUAUUCUUUGAUGUUGAACAAUGAAUACUGGUCUGAUAUGAUUCAGGAGGAGAGGAGUGAUCGAUUGUGUUUUUCAAAUUCAUAUUCUUGAACCUUUGUUUUAGAAGUGACCACUAGAGGGCAGCACCUCACUGGGAGCAGUGAGGGCCUUGGUUACCAGAGGGGUCAGUAGGUUAAGCAGGGCCGGCCCUAGGACUUUGGUGGCCCCAAGCAAGAUUUUUUUUGUGGCCCCAAAACAUGCACAGGACAACUACCAAAUCACGUGCACAGCUUGUAAUUGGGUUAAAACACACAUGCACAUGAUUAACAGCAAACAUUUAUUUUUUUCAAAAUGUAUCUUUAAAACGAUAGAGACAAUUACCAAUAAGUGUUCAAAAUCAUAGAAAAAAAAUGAGUUAACACAUUUAAACCGUAAAAGCGAAUCACACACUUAUUGUGGUGUGGCCCCCUCUAGUGGAUGUGGCUUAUAAACAACGGCAUAGAGUGUUUAUGCCAGCGGCCGGCCCUGAGGUUAAGGUUUACUAUUACUAUACAAAUGAGAAUGCUUUCAAGGUUUUGAUUACCAUGAAAUGUAGAUGUUUACAGAAGAGUUUGAUCACCCUGGGAAGAUAAGGGAUUACUAAACUAGUAAGUAAUCUGGAGAGAGUUGUGAUGUAUAAAAUGCACCUGUUGGAAGGAAUUUGUGGGAGUUGUUGCGGGGUAGUCACUUGAUGCAACCCAAACAUCAGUUCUGAGCAGAAGGGGGGAUUACCACGUAACUUUGGACGGGUGGAUUAACUUGAUCUGCAAAGAAUAACUGUUCUGGUGGAAUUAUGGAUGAAAGGAACUGCUCUUUCUGAUGGUUGGAGGAUUACAGAACUGGGAUUUGGAUAUAACACUGACUGAUGGAACAUUACUGGAAUUUAUUAUUUCCAAAGGAAUAACACCAGAGUGGAUUACAACAAAGUUUAUUGGCCCAAACAACAAAAUUGGAUCCAUGCAGAUCUGAAUCUGGACUGAACUCUCUCUCCAGCUUCCCCCUGGGCUCCUGUCGGGUCUCAGGUGAGCGGCCGGGUGUGGCCACACCGUCUGCUCUCUCCCUCCAAAUUACAUAGUUUGAGUGAUUAUUACUCUUCUUUUAUGAAAGCGUAGUACCAGUUAGGAAUCAUGAUGAGUGAUUUGAAUAUUAUCUAAUAUUUGAUUAUUUGUCUGAUGAUUUAUUGGCUUAUGCUUAUGCCCUGCUGAGAUAUAUUUUAAUAAAGCCUUAUUCUGCAAUUAAAGACAACAAC